AAUACCACGAAUGACAGCAGCACAGCUUGAUACAGGUUCAUUAGUAUGAACAUAAACUGUCUAUGGGUUGAACCACUGACAGUAUGAGGAAGGUUUAAACAGCUGAUAUGCUGUACGAGAACGGAACGAUUAUCGCAGUUUCUCUCCGGAGUCAUAACAGAGUGACACACGGUCACUGGAAGAGGGAAAGGAGAAGAUGGCAGGGUCCAGAUCAGCGUUGGUUUUGUGCAUGGAUGUUGGAUUCUCCAUGUCCAACUCUGCCCCGGAUGAAGAUCCUCCCUUUGACCUCGCUAAACAAGUCAUCCAGAAGUUUGUCCAGCGGCAGGUUUUUGCAGAGACCAAGGAUGAACUGGCUUUAGUUCUGUUUGGCACAGACUCCACCAAAAACCCACUGAACCAGAAUGGGCAGUACCAGAACAUCACAGUGCAUCGUAACCUCAUGGUACCUGACUUUGAGCUUCUGGAGGAAAUAGAGAAUCAGGUCCAUCCAGAGAGCCAGCAGUCUGAUUGGAUGGAUGCUCUUGUCGUCUGCAUGGAUCUCAUUCAGACACAAACAAAGGGGAAGAAGUAUGAUCGUCUCAACAUUGCCCUCCUGACUGACCUCAGCACUCAGACCAACACAGAUCAACUGGAUGUUAUUCUCGAAAACUUGAAACAAGCCGGAAUCACCCUGCAGUUUUUUUUGCCUUUCCCUGCAGAGGAAGAUGAAGAGGGUGGAGGAGAUGCGGACAGAAGAGGCCCUGGUCACCCGGGCACUGGAAAGGGCCUGUCCAGUGAACAGAAGGAUGGCCUGGACGUGGUGAAACACGUCAUGCUGACCCUGGAUGAAGAGGACGGCCUGGAUCAAAUUUACACCUUCAGGAAUGCGAUUGAGCAGCUGUGCAUGUUCAAGCGCGUCGAGCGCAGACCCGUGGCUUGGCCCUGUCAGCUGACCAUCGGCAGCUGUCUGUCCAUCCGUAUCGUUGGCUACAAAGCGGUGACAGAAGAGAAACUGAAAAAAACGUGGAUUACAGUUGACGCUCAGACCAGCCAGAGAGAAGACGUGAAGAGAGAGACUGUCUACUGUCUGGAUGAUGACAACGAGACAGAGGUGCAGAAGGACGAUACCAUCCAAGGUUUCCGUUACGGAAGUGAUAUCGUUCCCUUCUCCAAAGUUGAUCAAGACCAGAUGAAAUACACGCACGAUGGGAAGUGCUUUGCUGUUCUCGGCUUCACCAAACAGAGCCUGGUACGUCGCAAUCUGUUCAUGGGGAAUCAAGUCGUCAAGAUUUUUGCUGCCAAGGAUGAUGAGCACGCAGCAGUUGCACUGUCCGCUUUGAUCCGAGCGCUAGAUGAACUCCAGAUGGUUGCCAUUGUACGUUACGCCUAUGAUCGACGCAGCAACCCUCAAGUAGGAGCUGCUUUCCCGUACAUCAAAAAGGACUACGAGUGUCUGAUAUAUAUCCAGCUGCCUUUCAUGGAGGAUCUCAGAAGUUUUACAUUUCCCUCUCUUGAAAACAACAAAAGGUUCACGCCGUCAGACACCCAGCUGUCUGCUGUGGACUCUCUCAUUGACUCCAUGAUGUUGGUAGAGGAGGAUGAGGAUGAAAAUGCAGAACAAAAGGACAUGUUUGAGGUCCACCACAUUCCCAACCCUGCCUUCCAGAGGCACUUCCAGUGUCUGCAUCAUCGGGCCGUAAACCCCGGCACCCCUCUACCCCCCAUGGAGUCGUGGCUGAAGGCCGCUCUUGAGCGCCCUGAUGUCAUUAAUGAACGGUGCCAGGCUCCACUGGAGGAGAUGAAGAGAAAGUUUCCUCUCACGGAAGUGGAGAAGAAAAAGAAGCCGAAGACAAGCGCUCAGAUUUUUGGCAAAGACUCUGAGGAGCCAGAUGCCAAGAAGGCAAAAGGAGACGAAGAAGACGAGGGUUAUAGCCUGGCUGACAUUGCUGAAGGUUCUGUUACUUCGGUGGGAAGCGUGGAUCCAGCCCGAGACUUCGGUAUUCUGAUCAAGAUGAAGAGUCUUCCAUUCGGAGAAGUCUGUCAGCAACUGACUCACAGGAUAGAGCAGUUGCUUAGCAACAAGAGCACACAGUACUACAUGAAAAGCAUCACCUGCAUCCAGGCUUUUAGAGAGCAGUCUGUUAAGCUGGGGAAUGCUGAUCUGUACAACAGCUACCUCCAGUCCCUAAAAAGAAGCAUCCCAAACAGACGGCUGGAGGUUUUCUGGGACCUGCUUGUUCAAGAUGCCAUAACUCUGAUCAGUAAGGACGAGGUUGAAGGAAGCACUGUAUCCAAAAACGAUGCAUAUCAGUUUCUAGCUGCCGAAGAGAAGAAGGAGGAGGCAUCCGCACCACCGGCUGAAGAUACUGGCGAUGUUGACGACCUGCUGGACAUGAUGUAAGAAGGGAAGCAAUGGGUGUGUUUGCAGUGGACAUGCAGAGAAGUAAUAAGAAUGCAAUCAUUCAGUCCAGCCAGACCAAACCAAAUCAGCCGUCCAUUGUUCUGCCUCCCACUUGGAGACCCCAGAUACUUGCAACUGGUGAUACUGAGUAACUGCAUGCAGACAGAACAGAAUGAUGUUUAAGCUAAUGUUUACUACAUGAAGAUGACCAUUUUCUACAGAUUUGAAAGCUUUUGUUGCUACUGUACGUUGAAGGCUUUAGAUGUUUUUGUAUGAAAUGUCACUGUAAUUUCAUGUUAUAAUUUGACAUGGUUUUCUUAAGUAAUGUUGGAUGCAGCGACUGCUCUAAAUCGCUAGAUACAUGUGCACUAGAAACCCUUUACACUUUACAGAAGACAGCACUGCGGUGUCCGACAAAGUGCAGGUUUAUUCUCUGAAAUCAGUAAAGCUAACGUGGAUCAAAAA